GACCAAUGGGAAAAAAGAAAAUAGAAAAAAAGAAAAGAAAAUGCAUCUAAAUCCUUCCUCGUGGCUACGCCCUUGCCAUUAGCAAUUGCAGUAGUGGCAGUAUAUAAGGUCCAGUUGCAGACAUCGGCCGUAGACAGCUCCUUCUCGGUGGGUCAACAUGAACGCUCUGACUGUAGUAUCCCUUGGUGCCCUCGUCGCCAGUGGCUGUGCCUCCCUCCUCGGGCACGCGGGAGUCUUUGGUGGGUACGGCCUGAAUGGCGUGCUCCCGGGCGCCUAUGGGCAUCUCCCUCAUAUUGCUAAGGUUGUGCCUGCGACCUACAAUGCUCUUCCCUAUGGGCCUGUCUCCUACAACGUAGCUCCUUACACUCCUGUCGCCCCCAUCCAGUCCCAGUACCACGCUCAGGACGAGAUCGGCCAGUACUCCUUCGGUUACGCAGGCGGCCCCUCUUCCCGAUCCGAGUCUCGCGACGCCUUCGGUGUUGUCCGUGGUUCGUACAACUACGUGGACUCAGAGGGCAAGGUUCAGACUCAGCACUACGUGGCUGACGCCCUCGGAUUCCGUGUGUCCGGCACCAACCUGCCAGUGGCUCCCGACGCCCCAGUAGUCGCCCCUGUGGCCGCCCUUCCCGGUCCCCUUCCCGAACCCGUCCAGGACACCCCUGAGGUAGCCGCCGCUAAGGCCGCCCAUCAGCAAGCCUACGACGAAGCCGCCGCCGCUGCUGCUGCCGCUCCCGACUACGACCACGACUACCGCAAGAAGCGCUCCGUCCUUGCGGCUCCCGGCCUCGGCGUCUACUCUCCUCUCCGCUUCUCCUACGGCUUCACCGCUCCCCUCCACUACGGCCACCAUGCAGCCUAUGGCUCUCCCCUCUACCACGGCGCCGCCCUUCCCUACAACGCCGAGCUCCUCCGAGUGGUAAACAACCCCGGCCACGCUGUCUCCUACCGUGUGCACUAAGGACUGUUGUCCCUCGCAAACCUCCUGUGUGCUGUAAACCUCCAAGACAUACGGGCAGGUAGAAACAACUGUGAUUAACUCUUGUUCUCAACCAAAGUCCGAUUGGUGUCUUGAGCUGACGACAUUCAGGUUGGUGGCCUUUUACUUUGCAGUAGAGAGCGUUUAUGAUGCUGGUUAACUUCGAUUUGUAGAUUUCUAUUCUUUGAUAAUCUGUGACCGCCUUCAUGGUCGAAAGUUUCAAGAAAUAAAUCUGUAUUACACACACAAAAAUGAUAUUCAGUAAUCCUAUAUACGAUUCGUAUUUGUUAAUAAUAUAUUACCUGUGUUAUCGGACUCGUCAGUUAUAGUCCCGCUCAGUCUCCAUUCACAUCCCACAAAAGCUGCUCCAUCCAUCCAUUUAUCUACACAGACACAAAAGAUAAUAUUUGCAUAUAAUGAAAAAAUCUUUUGUGUCAGAAUCGCUUCCUUUGAGUAAUAAACACAGCGACUGAAAUCUGGACAAAUUUGGACCAAAGUCACUUGAAGAAAAUCUAUAUCUCUUUUGAAUAAAUGAAUGAAUGAAUAAAACCAUAUAAUGUAUCGCUUAUGACCAAAUUCAUAAAGGGAAGCUAAAUUGAUUACAAACAUUCCCAACUAUUAAACCAAUCAUAUAAAUGUUGGGAUUAUCUCAUUUUGUUCCCUCUCUCCUUUUUUUUCUGUCUAUGUCUCUUUCUACCUCUCUCUAGACCAAUCAGUUUGGCUGGUAUUUAUAUGGGU